AUGACUUAUCAACCUACACUACAGCUACUAGAAGCUGUCGCCCGGCAGAAACCCCUACUGCUCUGUAUAGUGUGCAGCGAAUGUGGGUCUGUAAGUGUUCCUCCGCCCUACCUCGCCAUACAGUCGGCAUGUUUUUUGCAUUGCUUUGGCCAGUCUCUACAGGAUCCACCUACAUGCACAGCACAGUUGGGCAGUCACGACCUACACGCUACCAUUGACCUUGAAUGGCUGAACAAUCAGAGUUUCUGCACAAAUGAUGCCCUGAACCUACAUCACAGCCUUACCAGUCCUCCCAGUCCUCCGCAUGCAAGUUUGCAGAAACCUGAAGAGCAGGAUGAUUAUGAUUUCAAAUCCAAAAAGAGAAGAAAGAAAGAAAAGAAGAAGAAGCGAAAGAAACAGAAAAAAACGAAUAGAGCAAGCUCAGAGAGCAGCGAUUCAGACUGUGACACAGUCUACCCCAGUGACCUGCUCAAGAAAAAAGAACAAAACCCAGACAGACAGGAGUGUCAGGUACAAGUAGGGGGGUUUAUGUGGCUGGACGACCUCCAAGCCCCGACCAGUCAAUCUUUCUGCAUUGACAGGAGGGCAGACCCUGCCAACUGGGAAUACAGAUCCCUUUAUAGGGCACACAUAGCCAGGUAUAAAAGAAAGGGCAGUUCUGUUCUGGGGCUGGACAGCAGGACACAGGCUGUGUGCUGGGACGACUCUGCAGGGCAGACAAAGCGAGGGGACCAGAGACCAAAACGCUACUUUUCCCUGUCUGUCUGCCAGCUACUCCGCUGCGAGGCCCUGCCUUUGCUCCCUGAUGCUCUGGACUCUGUUUCUGCCGCAUUCAUCCCCCUGAGCUCCACCCAGGACAAGGAUGCCGGCUUGAGAGCAUGUACUGCCGGGCUCAACCCUCUUGGAGUUUAUGACUCUGGUACUUUCCUGUGGCUGGAGGGCAAAGGUCAGCAACAGGUAAAAGACAACGUGCUGCAGCCUCCGGAGAACAGUGCCACCCUGCUAAAAGCCAAAGUGGAGGAGUUCAACAGAAAACUACGCGAGAAUCCCACUGAUAUUCAAACAUGGCUGGCUUUUAUAUGCUUCCAGGAUGAGAUGGGUGCAGCAUGUGGCGCAUUUCCAGAUGCGCAGGACAGUGAGGCAGAAGCUCGGAGGCUUUCUGUACGCGCUCUGCUGGAGAGGAAGGUUUCCAUUCUAGAUCGUGCGCUGGAGAGUAACCCUGGCAGCGUCGACCUCAAGCUAAAGAGACUGCAGCUGUGCCAAGAGCUCUGGGAGCCUGCGAUGCUUCUGAAAGAGUGGAAGAAACUGGUGUUCAUCCAUCCCAACAGCGCCCCCCUGUGGAAAAGCUACCUGCUCUUCGCUCAGAGUCACUUCAGCACCUUUUCUAUGUCAAAGGUGAAUGCUGUUUAUGGAAAGUGUUUGAGCACGCUCAGUGCGGUGCAGGAUGGAAGCAUGGUGUCCCACCCCCCUCUGCCAGGGACACAGGAGGACAUGCUAGACAUCUUCUUGCUACAGUGCCACUUCCUGCGCCAAGUGGGCCACUCGGAGAAGGCUGUGUCUCUUUUCCAGGCCCUCCUGGACUUCACCUUCUUUAAACCUGACAGCCUGAAAGACCUACCCACCAGACAACAGGUCGAGUUCUUUGAGCCAUUCUGGGACAGUGGUGAGCCACGGGUGGGGGAGCGUGGGGCCAGGGGGUGGAGGGCCUGGAUGCUGCAGCAGGAGAGAGGAGGCUGGGUCAUUCCCCCUGAGCCAGAGGAGGAGGAGGAUGAAGAUCAGGAUGAGUCUGAGAUUAAAGACAAAACCCAGCCUAAGUGGAAGAUAUGGCUAGAUGUGGAAGCUUCUCGCGAAGCGAAUCACUGGUUGCCAUGGAGACCAGACGGUGCUAAGAGCCAAUCACAAGAGGAUUGUGAGGACCCAGAUCGACAGGUGCUGUUUGAUGACAUUGGGCCCUCUAUGAUCCGGGUUGAGUCUGCCCAGCUGCAGCUACGUUUGCUGUCCUCCUUCCUGCAAUUCCUAGGCCUUCCAGUGCUCUGCCCCCCAGCCUCCAGUUUACUUUUAGAUGACUCCGCUUUCUUGGAUGAGAGCUUUGAUCCUGAACGCCCUCUGACUUCUUAUGACCUUCCAGUAUCUGGGGUCAGUGCUGUCGGUCACAUGAAAUUACUUUUAACAGCUCCAGGAGGCAAAACAGGGCUAUGUAAGGCAGGAGAGGAGUUUCAGAACGUUCUGGAACAGACUCCACUCCUCUCAGCACAAGACAGAGCAGCCCUAAAUCUCUGCUGGCUGCAGUAUGAGAAGCUGAAGGUCUUGCGCUGUGUGCAUCACAAGAAUAAGAAGCGUUUGAAGUUUCAGGGGAAGUCCAGUAAGCGUAUGGCUAAAUGUCUGCUGAAACAGCAGGAGAACCGUGGCAGCCUAGCCCUGUGGAGGGAGUAUGGCCAUGUGGAGUGGCUCCUGGGAAACGUGGAGGAGGCUCGCAGGGUGUUUGACACCGCCCUCACUCUGGGUGUGGCCUUAGGCCUCCAUGACCACGCUCUUUGUAAUCUCUGCCUCUUAUAUGCCCAAUUAGAAGUGGAGCUGACGUGUAAUGGUGUGGCCGGAAGCUCAGGAAUGGUCCCCACUGCCUCUCGAGCUGUCCACAUACUCACCACAUUGGCUGAGGGCGCCAUCUACACACCAUUCUCAGGACACGUCAACCCAGUGACUAUAUUGAAGGCACGCAAACUCUAUGAACAGGCACUGUCUGCCCUUCCAGACAUCAGCAGUGCUGGGGCUUCUGGGAAACCUGAGAACAUAUGUGGACUGUUUGGCUGUUUUGGGCUUUUCCAGUACCUGACCAUGGGGAUAGAAGCAGCUGAUGCAGUCUAUGUGCAGGCCAGAGAAACUCUCUCCAGUUUUCCCCGUUCAACCGAGGGCAGCACAUCUUUCACACACCAUGACUCAGAUGUGAUGUCACAGUGCGAGGCCUUGGCUGUCCAGCAUGUCACACUGUUACAUCACCAUGGAAACACCAGUGUGUUCCCUCUGUCCCACCUCAGACUGGCUCUCACUGAUGCACUGAAUCACCUGCCCUGCAGUGCCCCCUUAUGGAAACUCUAUCUGCGGGCCGAGUGCCGCUGCCAUAACCGUGGUCGCACACGCAGGUUCUUCCACAGUGUUGCCAAGAGCAACCAGAGUGUGAUACCCCGCCUUUUUGCUGUGAUGGCGGAGCAGCACUGGAAGCAACAGUUGGACUUGGCUCAUAGUUCCAGGUUGAGUCUUCCAGCAGAAACUCUACCCACUUUACCGGAGAUGGGCCUUAGUAACCGUAUCCAUGCACUGUUUGAGGCUGCUGUGGCAACAGAACAUGGGACUCACUGCCCUCUGCUUUGGAGGAUGUAUAUGACCGCCCUGGUCUCUAAUGGAUACAUAGAGAGGGGCAGAGGAAUCUUCUACAAAGCACUACAGGCCAUACCAUGGGUCAAAGGUUUGUACAUGGAUGCAGUGAAGUUGUUUCCAGAGCAUGUACAGGAGUUUCUGGACCUUCUGACAGAGAAGGAGCUCAGGCUCCGGGUUCCUUUGGAGGAGGUGGACAUUCUGUUGGAGGAUUAGUCACCCAAACUCUUCCCAUAAUGCACCAGGCUGGAUUCCAAACUACUUCAUGCCAGCACCAGGACACCUAUUCAAAAUACUUUUUUAAUUUUAGUUAAAAGUACAAUUUUGUGAUAAUAAAUGUAUAUACAUAAAUUUGUAGUAAAUAUUCUGUGCUGGCUGUUCAUGUGAGCAUUGCUCAGAUAGAGAAAGCAGACCUCUAAAGGGAAUUGAAUGUGGUGAGAGGCAGAAUAGCUCAUAACCUCUUCAUGUCCUAGGCUGCAGGAACCAUCUUUAGAAAUGUGAAAUCAUAGGCAGUGGACACACCUUCUCAUAGAGAUGCUACAGUAAAUCCCGAUGUCUUGCAUUUACUUUCUUUCCAUCUUCCAUCUCCUCAGAGUUCAUGUCAGGUAGUGAUGUUGCGUGGGCAUCAUUAGGUGAUAGUAGGCUAGCUUUGAGUGUGCUGGCCAAAAGUCCUUGCACACUAGCAGUGAACAUUCAAUUCUGCACCAGCCAAUUAAAUGAUACCAAACACUUAAAGUGAAGUCAGAUUGCUUUACAUAGUUGUAAAUGGACUUUUACCUUGUUGAAUCUUUACGGCAUAAUUUGGACACUGAAUAAAGGUUUUGGUUUGUACAAUUAUAUAAUAGUAAAAUACAAAAAAGCAAGUUAAAGCAGAAACCAAAAGGUUUAUAUAUAGUUAGAUAGGUGUGUGUAUAUAUAUUACAAAAUGUAAACCUUUUUUUGGUCAAACAUAUUACAUUAAUGCAUACAACCUUUUAUAUACAACCAAAGAUGCUGACACAAGCAGCCUGCAUGUCAUCAGUUGCAUUUUUUUUUCUCUAGAACAUGUUUUUUCAUUGUAUGCAACAAUCCAGCAACCCAAAAUCUAUGUUCCUAAUAUCAACAAUCCUUACUCAAACUCCUAAUAACUAUAUUCAUAAUAACUACCAUAGAAUUAGUUUAAAUGUCAUUUACAUUUUAAAACAUCAGAAAGGGGUUGUUCUUGCAUGGGAGUAGCUAAUUAACAUGACAGUAAGUUAUUUGUUUAUCUAGAAAAACAUGCACACCUCACAUGAAACUUGCAUGGUAGCAGGGGUUCAUAAGCACUGCUGGAAAAAUGGUAAGAGGUAAACGAAGUAAAUAGUGUAAAAAAAAAAAAUUUGACUUUGUAGUGUAUAUCAUAGAGAAAAUUAAUCCUAAAUUAAUGUUUAGCUUUUGAACAUUCCCAAAUGCAGACCUACAGAAUGAGCUGAAUCUGUGGUGUGAAACAGCAAACCAGCUUCUUCCAGUUGAAAACACUGGCAGCUGCAGAAGGCAGGGCCAACAUUCCUAAGGACAGAUUUCUUAUAAUCAGUAUUCAAUAAUUUCAAUUAAAAUCGGAAGUGACUUGGAAUUGAAGGGUGGCCCGAAGAAAAGCAAAUUACUCUCAACCCAAGAAACAGUGAAAUGCCUGAGAAGAGAACUAUAUAAACAAAGUUAUAGAAUGUGGUUCAGAGGUGAACUUGUGCUAUCUAAAACACAACUGUACACACAAAAAUAUUUACAAAAUCUGUGUUUUAUAUAAAAUACUAACCAUUCACUAAAUCCAGUAAUGCAAUUUAAUUUGGUUUAAAAUGGUAACGGAUAAAAUUCAGUUCUCUAAGAUGUAUAAAAAUAAAGGUUUCUUUGCUUCCUAA